UUUGACGGAAGUGACGUUGGCUUCACGCAUGCGUGGACCGAUUGUGUCUUCCGCUACCGAUCGACUAGGGACAAUUUCAAGUGUGUCCAGAAGUAUCAGGCAAGAAGCGGAAUAUAUAUUUAUAUGUCUUAGAGUGAGGCGCUCGUGAAAAUUCAUUUCGGAAAAUGAAGCUGCGAGUCCAGCUACAGUGCAAAAAUUUGCACGAAUACCUCCGAGAGCUGAGUCCAGAGAUUUUGGACCGACUAUAUAAUCAUCCUGCAACAUGUCUGGCCGUCUACAGGGAGCUACCCUCACUGGCCAAAAAUUAUGUGAUGCGAAUGCUGUUCCUGGAGCAGCCUCUCCCGCAGGCAGCUGUGGCAUUGUGGGUGAAAAAAGAGAGCCAAAAGGAUCAUGAUGAAUGUGUCUCAGUGCUUGCAGGACUGCGCCUCUGGCACAGUCAGCAGCUGCAAGGUGGUCUGCAGGGUUAUAUCCUAAAUCGAGUGUUCAAAGACAACCUGAGGAUAGCGCUGCUCGGGGGGGGCCGAGCGUGGGCAGACGAGGGCACCUGCCUAGGUCCUGACCGGCACGCUCGGGACAUAGAGAGUCUAGACCGCUACGCCAUGGAACGCUGGGAGGUCAUCCUGCAGUUUAUGGUGGGUUCUACCACUGCUGCUGUCAGUCAAGAUCUCGCUCAGCUGCUGACUCAAGCAGGCCUCAUGAAAAGUGAGGCGGGGGAGUCCCCCUACAUCACCUCUGCGGGGUUCCAGUUCCUCCUCCUGGACACGACAUCUCAGUUGUGGUAUUUUACCCUACAAUACCUCAAAACUGCUCAGUUCAGAAAGAUGGACCUGGUGGAGAUAUUGUCAUUUUUGUUUCAACUCAGCUUCUCUACAUUGGGCAGAGAUUACUCAGUGGAGGGUAUGAGUGAGUCAUUACUCACAUUUCUGCAGCACCUUCGGGAAUUUGGACUGGUCUUCCAAAGAAAGAGAAAGUCAAGGCGCUACUAUCCCACCAGGCUGGCCAUCAGUCUGGCUGCAGGAGUUACCAGCAGCUCUUCUUCUCUCUCUUCUAACUGUGGCUCUAUUCCUGGUACUGGAGAUACUGGCUUUAUUGUUGUUGAAACUAAUUAUCGCAUCUACGCCUACACAAGCUCAGAACUUCAGAUUGCUCUCGUUGCGCUCUUCAGUGAAAUGUUGUAUCGCCUCCCCAAUGUGGUUGUGGCUCAUGUCACAAGAGAGUCAGUGCAACAGGCCAUCGCUAAUGGAAUCACUGCACAACAGAUCAUCCACUUUCUGAGAACCAGAGCGCACCCUGUUAUGCUGAAGCAGACACCAGUGCUUCCUCCAAGCAUAACAGAUCAGAUCAGACUUUGGGAGCUGGAGAGAGAUAGAUUACAAUUCACAGAGGGUGUGCUUUACAACCAGUUCCUCUCCCAGGCAGACUUUGAGGUGCUUCGAGACAGAGCUCAGGGUCUGGACUGUCUGGUGUGGCAGGAUGUGACUCACAGGGUGAUGGUAGUGACACCGCACGGACACAGUGAGGUCAAGAGGUUCUGGAAACAACAGAAGAGUCACACAUAACCAGUGAAGCGGACACAUGACUGUUAUCAAAUCUGAUGACAUCAGCGGUUCUGGCGUACUGUUGUUUAUCAGUGUCAAUGGAGAUUGUGGAAAGGACAUGAUCAUUUUGUAUUUUUCUAACAGUCUACUCCCAUGUAUUAAUAAUUAAAUGUUGGUAUAAAUAUGUA